CAACAGCUCACUUUCUAAGCAGGGUUUAAAGUAAUUCAGAGCAAACACCCUGUGCCAAGAAAACUAGCAAACCCAUGAAUAUCUCAUCUCCUUGUCGGUCAUGUAACCACUGUAUCUACCUCCAUGGAAUCCCGUAUCUUUUCUUAUUCAACCGAAACCUGCCAACCUAACAAUUGAUACAUUACCCUUAUCUCUUUUCCAGGCCCCAGCUGCGGCCCUCUUCUUUCGGUUUUCAUUUGACAGUUCUUGCCUACAACACACUGUAAUCAACAGCUUAGUUUCAGUUGUAGCAGCUUGACGAUCGUCAUUUAUGGCGUCUGUUGCACUUGACUGACAAAAUACUGCCCUCUCAUUCAUCACGGUUUCUUAUCUCUUCUUGCCAACCAUUUUAAAGACACUGCAGAUUGCCAACUUUUCCAACGCAGCCUCAGCAAUCAAUACAUUACCUGUCUGCUUUGAAAUUCAAAAACCAUGCAUAUAGCUCCCUUACAUGGCUGCCGCUGUGCCUUCUUUGCCCAAACCACGCGUCUUCCCUUGCCCAAGACCAUCCACCAACAACAUAACCAACACAAACACAGGCUUUUUCUUUGUCUUUAAUGCCUACAUGAGCAAAACCACUCGCCCUUACAUAAGAUGAACCAAACAUGAUAAUAUAUAUUAUAUUGCCAUUUUCAGUCUGUCUCAAAAAGCUUUUCUCAAACGCUAUCCAGUCAUUAGAAAUAGAAAAUGGGUGUGCCAAAACAAGUUUUGUUACUUUUUGUUGCCAUUUUAGUGUGCUUUUCCUUUGGCUUUGUUUUGUGCCAAAACCAAGAGCUCUCUGUUCUUUUGGAGGUGAAGAAAUCAUUCGAGGGAGACCCAGAAAAAGUUUUGCAUGAUUGGAAUGAAAGCAACCCAAAUUCAUGCACAUGGACAGGAGUUACCUGUGGCUUGAACUCGGUUGAUGGCUCAGUGCAAGUUGUGAGUCUAAACUUAUCUGACUCAUCACUUUCCGGCUCAAUAUCACCCUCACUCGGUAGUUUAAAGUACCUGCUCCACCUUGAUCUUUCUUCUAACAGCCUCACGGGUCCCAUUCCAGCCACUCUCUCAAAUCUUUCUUCAUUGGAAACUCUGCUUUUGUUCUCUAAUCAACUCACUGGCCCCAUCCCAAUUCAACUCGGUUCCAUCACGAGUCUCUUAGUAAUGAGGAUCGGUGAUAAUGGACUCAGUGGACCUGUUCCUGCCUCUUUCGGUAAUCUUGUCAACUUAGUUACUCUUGGUUUGGCCUCAUGCAGUCUCACAGGCCCAAUACCAUCCCAACUCGGACAACUAAGCCAAGUCCAGAACUUGAUUUUACAGCAGAACCAACUUGAAGGACUGAUUCCUGCCGAGCUAGGGAAUUGUUCGAGCCUCACUGUCUUCACUGUAGCUCUCAACAAUCUAAAUGGAUCAAUCCCUGGAGAAUUGGGUCGUCUUCAAAAUCUCCAAAUACUAAACCUGGCAAACAAUAGUCUCUCUGGAGAAAUUCCGACUCAACUCGGGGAAAUGAGUCAGCUCGUCUACCUGAAUUUCAUGGGAAACCAGCUUGGAGGUUCAAUCCCAAAGUCCCUAGCAAAAAUGGGUAGUCUUCAGAACCUUGAUUUAUCAAUGAACAUGCUCACUGGAGGUGUUCCAGAGGAGUUGGGCAGCAUGGCUCAGCUUGUUUUCUUGGUUUUAUCAAAUAACAAUAUUUCCGGUGUGAUACCAAGAAGCCUAUGUUCAAACAAUACCAAUUUGGAGAGCUUGAUUCUGUCAGAGAUUCAACUUUCUGGCCCCAUUCCGAAAGAAUUAAGGCUAUGUCCAUCUCUGAUGCAGCUUGACUUGUCCAACAACAGCCUUAAUGGAUCCAUUCCUGAUGAAAUUUAUGAGUCCGUUCAGUUGACUCAUCUCUAUCUCCACAACAACAGCUUGGUGGGUUCAAUUUCCCCUUUGAUAGCAAACUUAAGCAAUCUGAAGGAGCUUGCAUUGUAUCACAACAAUUUGCUAGGCAAUCUGCCUAAGGAGAUUGGAAUGCUUGGAAAUCUUGAAGUCUUGUAUCUAUACGAUAAUCUUAUAUCUGGGGAGAUUCCUAUGGAGAUUGGCUAUUGUUCAAACUUGCAAAUGAUUGAUUUCUAUGGAAAUCAUUUCAGUGGAGAGAUUCCUGUUACUAUUGGGAGGCUGAAGGGACUGAAUCUGCUUCAUUUGAGACAAAAUGAGCUUUUCGGUCAUAUUCCCGCCACUUUGGGUAACUGUCAUCAACUAACUAUUCUAGACUUGGCAGAUAAUGGCCUAUCUGGUGGUAUUCCACCUACUUUCGGAUUUCUUCAUGCUCUUGAGCAACUAAUGCUUUACAACAAUUCCCUUGAAGGUAACCUUCCCGAUUCGCUUACCAAUUUACGAAAUCUGACCAGAAUCAAUCUGUCUAAAAACAGAUUCAAUGGUGGCAUCGCUGCAUUAUGUGGCUCGAGUUCUUUUCUUUCUUUUGAUGUCACAAGCAAUACAUUUGGGAAUGAAAUUCCUGCCCUGUUGGGAAAUUCACCUUCUCUUGAAAGGCUUAGAUUGGGGAACAACCGGUUUAAUGGCAAAAUCCCAUGGACACUCGGUCAAAUCCGAGAGUUGUCCUUGUUAGACCUGUCAGGGAAUUUGCUCACAGGACAAAUACCAGCACAGCUGAUGUUGUGCAAGAAAUUGGCACACAUUGAUCUCAACAACAACCUUCUUUAUGGGUCUGUUCCAUCAUGGCUUGGAAAUUUGCCACUGUUAGGGGAGCUUAAGCUCUUCUCCAAUCAAUUUACAGGAUCUCUUCCUCGAGAGCUAUUCAAUUGUUCUAAAUUGUUGGUGCUUUCCCUUGAUGCUAACUUGCUGAAUGGAACUCUUCCUGUGGAGGUUGGUAAUCUAGAAUCUCUAAAUGUACUCAACCUCAAUCAAAACCAAUUAUCAGGAUCAAUCCCCCCAGCCCUGGGUAAGCUGAGCAAGCUGUAUGAGCUUCGGCUCUCGAAUAACAGUUUUGGUGGUGAAAUACCUUCUGAACUUGGGCAACUCCAGAAUCUCCAAAGCAUUUUAGACCUCAGCUGCAACAAUCUCGGUGGUCAAAUUCCACCUUCUAUUGGUACGUUGUCCAAACUUGAAGCUCUUGAUCUGUCUCACAAUUGCCUAGUUGGAGCUGUCCCUCCUGAAGUUGGUAGCUUGAGCAGUCUUGGCAAGCUUAAUCUCUCGUUCAACAAACUCCAGGGCAAACUGGACAAGCAAUUCUCACACUGGCCACCUGAAGCAUUUGAAGGAAACCUGCAGCUCUGUGGAAUACCUCUUAAUCGCUGCUCUAUCUUAAGUGAUCAACAGUCAGGCCUAAGUGAGUUAUCAGUGGUGAUAAUCUCAGCAAUUACUUCCUUAGCUGCCGUUGCUCUGCUCGCAUUUGGACUUGUUCUCUUCUUCAAACGCAGGCGAGAAUUCCUCAAAAGGGUGAGUGAAGGGAACUGCACUUACUCUUCCAGUUCUUCCCAAGCUCAGCGCAAAACACCCUUUCUGAAGGGUACUGCCAAGAGAGACUACAGGUGGGAUGACCUUAUGGAAGCGACAAACAAUCUUAGUGAUGAGUUCAUCAUUGGCUCGGGUGGAUCUGGAACAAUAUACAGAGCUGAAUUUCAAAGUGGAGAAACUGUAGCGGUGAAGAAGAUUUUGUGGAAGGAUGAGUUUCUACUUAAUAAAAGCUUCGCAAGAGAAGUAAAGACACUUGGAAGGAUUAGGCACAGGAAUCUAGUGAAGCUGUUAGGGUAUUGUAGCAACAAAGGGGCGGGUUGUAAUCUUUUGAUUUAUGAAUACAUGGAGAAUGGGAGUUUGUGGGAUUGGCUGCAUCAACAACCAGUGAACAACAAGCAGAGGCAAAGCCUGGACUGGGAGGCGAGAUUAAAGAUUGGUGUGGGAUUAGCCCAGGGAGUGGAGUACCUUCACCAUGAUUGUGUACCAAAGAUCAUGCAUAGAGAUGUCAAAUCUAGCAAUGUAUUGCUUGAUUCCAAUAUGGAGGCGCAUUUAGGGGAUUUUGGACUGGCAAAGGCACUCGAGGAGGAUUAUGACUCCAAUACGGAGUCGCAUUCAUGGUUUGCGGGCUCUUACGGUUAUAUUGCUCCAGAGCAUGCAUACUCGUUCAAAGCAACAGAGAAGAGUGAUGUUUAUAGCAUGGGUAUUGUGCUGAUGGAACUAGUUAGUGGAAAAUCGCCAACUGAUGCAACCUUUGGUGUCGAUAUGGACAUAGUGAGAUGGGUAGAAAAACAUACGGAAAUGCAAGGUGAAAGUGCUCGUGAGUUGAUCGAUCCUGCACUGAAACCACUCGUGCCUUACAAAGAAUCUGCAGCGUAUCAAAUGCUUGAAAUUGCACUGCAGUGCACAAAAACCACCCCACAAGAGAGGCCCUCAUCCCGACAUGCAUGUGAUCAAUUACUACAUUUGUACAAGAAUAGAAUGGUGGAUUUUGACAAGAUGAAUAUAGAUCCUAAAGCAUAACUGAUGACAUCUAUAUUUAUGAAACGAAGCCAAUUAUUAAAUUAAGCAUCAUUCUUGUUU